GCAGGGCUACUUUUGAUCACAUCCAUUUUAUUUUUCCUCACAUGGCCCAGCAUAUAUAUCUUUGGUCUUGAUCUUUGUUCCAUAAAUCGAUUGCUAGAUACAGCCCGAUGCCGCCGUCCCGUCUUUCUCGCCUCCCUCCGUGGAUCAGCCACUGGCUUGGUUACCGCGCCGCAACUCCGAAGCCACUGGCAACUUGGAAGAUCGCCGCAUGGUCCUUCAUUACAGCUUUUUGUGGUCUUUCCGUAUUACAAGGCAUCUUUAACUAUUCUCAUUAUUUCACCUCGCGUCAUGUGCCUGGCAUCAUCGCGUCCUAUGGUGCAUCGGCAGUCCUCGUGUUCGGUGCUAUUGAAAGUCCGCUUGCUCAGCCUCGCUCCUUGAUUUUCGGCCAUUUUUUUAGCGCCUUGAUCGGUGUCUGCGUCACAAAGCUAUUCAGCCUGAUGCCCGACCAAGCACGCUUCGAGUCGCUGCGCUGGCUCGCAGCUUCGUUGUCGACUGCUAUUGCUAUUGUUGUGAUGCAGCUCACUGGAACCACUCACCCACCUGCUGGUGCUACUGCUCUGCUCCCAGCCACCAACGAUGAAGUCUGGAACCUAUCAUGGUACUAUUUACCUGUCGUUCUGCUCUCGUCCACGAUGCUCAUGUGCUGCGCUCUUCUUUUGAACAAUAAUAUGCAUCGUCGGUAUCCAAUUUUCUGGUUUACACCCGCUGCACCGCCAAAGCCUGCACCUACUCCUACUCCUGGGCCAGUUCCGAGUGCGUCAUCGAUGGUGGAGCCUACAUCAUCAGAAGAGAAGCUGCCCAAAGACUCUGUAUAGCGUGUUGAGUUGGCAACGGUCAGAUGCAUGUAACAGUCGAGUGGUGCAAAAUCAUGCCUGGAAACCCUUGGGAUCACCUUGGGAUCACUGGGGUAUAUUUUCUGGCAUUUGUCACCAGCCUUCGGGGAUGAGCGCUGGCGAAGCGUUCCAAGUGGAACCCGAAAGACCCUACUGAACUUUCAUUAUUAUAGAUAGAUCUCGAUUUUGUUCUGUUUCAACGGCCG